CACAGCAGCUAGCUGUAAAGUUGCAGCUGACAUCUGUAUUCAGAAUGGCUGCGAAGAAAGUGUUUAUCGUGUAUGCCCACCAGAGCACUGGCUCGUUCAAUGCUGCAGCCAAAGAUGCUGCUGUGGAAGUUUUAGCAGGUCAGGGCUGCACAGUUGAAGGAUCGGACCUGUACGCCAUGAAGUUUAAAGCCACUGCUACUGCUGAGGACAUCAUCGGAGAAGUCAAGAAUGCCGAUCACUUCCGUUAUGCAGAGGAGAUCAAACUGGCAAGGGAGGAAGGAAGACUGUGCUGAAAUCACUGAGGAACAAGCAAACUCACUGAGGCGGACCUCAUCAUCUUUCAGUUCCCCAUGUACUGGUUCACUGUUCCUGCCAUCAUGAAGGGCUGGAUCGAGCGGGUGCUCACACUGGGCUAUGCCUACUCUCAAGAAAAGGGAUACAGCCAGGGAAUCUUCAAGGACAAGAAAGCAAUGCUGUCCUUCACCACUGGGUCUCAUGAGUCCAUGUUUAGUGCAGAUGGUAUUAAUGGAGACAUGAAUGUCACACUGUGG